GGCGGAGGCGAGCUGGGCCGCGGCGCUUCCGGUAGCUGCAGAGCGAGCGGGACUUGCGGGCGGCGCCGGCGGUCGCGGGCAGCGAAUCCAGAAGGAUGUCUGGGGACUUGCCGCUCAACAUUAACAUCAAGGAACCGCGAUGGGAUCAAAGCACUUUUGUUGGCCGAGCCAAUCAUUUCUUCACUGUAACUGACCCCAGGAAUAUCCUCUUAACAAAUGAACAACUAGAAAAUGCCAGAAAAAUAGUGCACGAUUACAGACAUGGGGUCAUCCCUCCGGGCCUUACAGAGAAUGAGCUGUGGAAAGCAAAGUACAUCUACGACUCGGCUUUCCACCCUGACACGGGUGAGAAGAUGAUUCUAAUAGGAAGAAUGUCAGCUCAGGUUCCUAUGAACAUGACGAUCACAGGCUGUAUGAUGACAUUCUAUAGGACAACGCCGGCUGUGGUGUUCUGGCAGUGGAUCAACCAGUCCUUCAACGCUGUCGUCAACUAUACCAACAGAAGCGGAGAUGCUCCCCUCACUGUGAAGGAGUUGGGAACAGCUUAUGUCUCUGCAACAACUGGUGCGGUGGCGACAGCCCUCGGACUUAACGCACUGACCAAGCAUGUCUCACCACUGAUAGGCCGUUUUGUUCCCUUUGCUGCUGUGGCUGCUGCUAAUUGCAUUAAUAUUCCAUUAAUGAGGCAAAGAGAACUCAAGGUUGGCAUUCCUGUCACGGAUGAAAAUGGCGUCCGUUUGGGCGACUCGACCAAUGCAGCAAAACAAGCCAUCACGCAGGUCGUCAUCUCCAGGAUCCUCAUGGCAGCGCCGGGCAUGGCCAUUCCUCCAUUCAUCAUGAACACAUUGGAAAAGAAAGCCUUUUUGAAGAGGUUCCCAUGGAUGAGUGCACCCAUUCAAGUCACAUUAGUUGGUUUCUGUUUGGUGUUUGCCACACCCUUGUGCUGUGCUCUAUUUCCUCAGAAAAGUUCCAUGUCUGUAUCAAGCUUGGAGGCCGAGCUGCAGGCCAGCAUCCAAGAGAACCAUCCUGAACUACGGCGCGUGUACUUUAACAAGGGCCUGUGAAGUAGGGAAGGAACCCUGGCCAGCUCUUCCUGUCAUCGGUCCAGCUCCGGCAGCCUCCGAGGGAAUCCUGUUUGGCUGGGGCUGUCCCAGUUACCAAGAUUCCUUCAAGAUCCCGUGGUGGAGCCAAGCUGCUCCUGAAGACACAGUGCCUGGUGCAGGUCAGAUGUCUGACACACGUCUGACCACAUGGGCCUCCCUUACGUUGGAAUCACACUGUCAUUUACAAAACAAUACCUUUCCGGUAGAUUUUAAUGCAACUUAAAAGACAACAUCCCAGCUCUCAUCUGGAGCUUUCAAGAGCACUGGUAGGUAUAGAGUAGGUGCUGUGUGUGUUUAUAUGUCUAUGUAUGUGUGUAUGUAUGUAUGUAUAUAUAUACAUACAUACAUACAUACAUACACACACAUAUAUAUAUAUAUACACUCAGUAAAUAUUUAUUGAUUAUCAGUGGAAAAGUUAUACAUUCAAAGGAUUGAAUUUCAUUACUACUUUGGUUUCAAAUUAAGGAGGUCCCAGCAGUGAAUUGGGAACAAAAGUUCUCAGGCUGAAUGUAAAAAGUUAAUUGAAAUGCUAAGGAGACUUGGUUUCCGGUUUGACAGUAGACACUCCCAAAGUAGAUGAAUGAUGAAGGUUACAUAUUAUUGGUAGGUUUUCUUGAUUGACUUAAAGUCCUUUUAUGUUCUUACAAAGAUAGUCAUCUUCUUGCAAUUAUUGACCAGCAAAUCGUCAAGUAACUUACAUAUACAAAUGUCAGGUUUUAGAACUAUAAUUAAUACCAGUGCUAUAUGACCAGGGUGAAACUGGUGUAUUGGGUUUUUAUACAUGAAACCCCAGUUCCCACUCCUCCCCCCCCCCACUUGUCUUCUCUUGCUAUCCUUAUAGAAUUCUUUGGUUUUCAGGAAGAUACAAAGAUAAUACGUUAAUGAAUCAUUAACAGUGAAUUUUACUUGAAUGUCAUAUAUUACAUUCCACCCUGUUUAAAAUCACGAAGCUGUGUGCCACUGUUUACAUCACUGUAGUGACUUCACGUGUAUUUAAUAGAGCAGAAAUUAUGUUUGAAGACUGUAGACGCUCAGCAUCACAUACAAGACAGGUGUUUCAUUGAGUGUAGAUCAUUGUACGUCAGAGAUCUUGAAGUGAAAAAAUUAGAAACUAUUUAGUUUUGAUAGAUCGUUUUUUUUUUUUCCUGCCAAUGUGUCCAGACUGAAUUUCCUCAUAAAGACAAAGAAUGGUGUGCCUUGUGUCUUGUUUCUCUCUUCUCUGAAAGAAUCAACGGAGCUGAAGCUCUCUGAGCUUCCCUUGUGCCACGAUAAGCUUUCCUAUAACAUUUAUUGCCAUCAAUACUUCUCUUUAAAAAGGGAUUUUUUUUUUUUGUAAAAAAAAAGCUUGAAAUUCCAUGAGGUGCAUUGUUAAAAAGAAGUGAAAGUCCUUGAGGCCUACCUCCCACCCCCAGCUGACCUCAGCGUCCUCACCCCAGUUAAUAUAGAGCUCUAUCUAAGGUUAACCUUUGGUAAAAAUUAGUGACUGAUUGGAAGAAUGUUGCACAUUCUGGAAAGAUGCGGCCAAGAUGUAGUCAUACAAGGCAUCAUGAAAGUAGACAUGCAUCUUUUUAAACUUAAUUUCUUGAAGCUUCAGACUCUUAAUGCUUUUAUAUAGGAACAUUCAGUGUCUUAUUUAAUCGUGAUUUAUUUAAAAAAAAAAAAAGGAAAAGAACAAAUGAACUAAAAUUGGCAAUCCUUGCUGAUCUUUUUCUGGAGGUUAAAAAAUAAUCCACUUGAAGUGCAAUAAACUUGUAAAGGUAGAUAGUUGUUAAUAUUUCUAUUAACAUGAAAUAAAGAAUUAUGAUUGUAA